UCUGAUAUCAGAAGUUCCUCUUUGAGUUCUUGAAGGAUAAGGUUCCGUUCCGCUUGACCAGAAUCAUCCAAUGGAGUACUUUUUGGCAAUGAUAAGUACUUUUUUUUCAUUCUCUAGUAGACUUGGAGGAAGCGAGAGAGAUGGCUGGUUGGGCGGCCAAGGAUUCUGUGGUGGUUCUGCUGGCAGCAGCAAUCACAUUAGUGGCAUUUGCUUCUUCCCCCAUGGAGAAUGGCUUUGAGAGCUGCGAGAAUAUUGUGAAGAGUUGGGCAGAUUCAUCCUACGCCUUUGAUAAUGAGAAUGAGACAAAGCAAUUAAAGAGCUUACAAGACAUACUUUUCUUCAUCCAUGUACCCAGAACUGGGGAUUUGUAUUUCUAAAAUGCCUUCUCAUGCAACUGUAUCCUGACAAUGUUUGCCCCGUCACAUGUGACAUGCAAGAGUGGGAUUCAAGAAAACCAAAGUGCAGAGUGCAAAAUAUACAUGGUGGCUAUAGUACUGUCUCCAAAUUGCCAAAGAAAAGGACUUCGGUGGUGACGAUGGUGCGACACCCGCUGGAUCGAGUGAUUAGCAUAUAUGAGUUGUCCACUGUAAAGGCAGCUAGAUAUCUGCUUUAUCCUAGCAUGACUUCGGCCACGGAAGAGGCAGAAAGGCAACGCUCUGAGCGGCCUCAUACUGCGUGUCUGGUGGAUAUUUGGCCCUUUAAGCAUUUGAUGCCAAUGUUGGCAGUGGAGCUUUUUGCAAGAAGGGAUCCUAGGAGAAAUCAAAGCAUGAUGAGCAAAGAGAUAGACCCAUACAACAUAACCCAAAUUGCCAUGCCAUUACAUGAUUUUGUCAAUGAUCCUCUUGUGCACGAGCUGGUUCAUAAUGCUAUAACUUUGCAGGUAGCAGGAUUGACAGAGAAAUCAUGUUUACAAGAGUCGCAUGCAAUUCGCCGCUGCAUAAGAAUGCACCCGUCCCUCGGCAGUUAUGUACUUGAUGUUGCAAAGAGAAGGUUGGACAAAAUGUUCUUCGUUGGCCUCACCGAGAAACAUAGAGAGUCAAUGGAAAUGUUUGCACACAGUAUUGAAGCUGAGCUACAAGCAUUGUCAACAGCACCUCAAGAUAACAACACAGCAGACAAUGACAUAGAAAAAGAUUCUUCAUUUACUGAUGUUGAGAUUGAAAAGUUAAUUCUGCAGCAGAAUGAAUUUACCCCAGAGUAUCGACAAGAGUUUCUCCUAGGGAAUCCAAAAAUGUCAAAAAGAAUUCAGAUGACUGUUGAAAAAUUGAUGGAGGCUUAUGAUGCAUGUGCCCCCAGACUACGAGAACUUCGGACUUUCGAGUAUACACAUUUUUUGAAAGAAGUUUAUCCUAUCAAAUUCUCAAAUGAGGCACGCAAACAUAUCCAUAAUAGUGUCAUUCAACAGAUAUUAUUGUUUAACAAUCUUGACGUACAACUUCACAAGCAUGCUGAGGUUGUCUUCAAACAACAACAAGAAAGUUUCAAGCAAAGACAUAGCAAAUUGGUGAGCCAAAAUGUUAAUAGCAGAAGGAAUUGGUUGUCUAAAAGGGUCGUUCUUGCUGCCACAGUGCUUUUAUGCAUUCUUGCUCUCCUCCUAAAUGCACAGCGGGGACCUUCAAAGCUCAAGGAUAAUUAAUCAUCCAUCUAUUUCAGAUGUUGAAGAUCACAAGUUUCCUUCUAUAUAUUUUUGGCCCUCUAAGAUGCUUAAGACAAUUAGGUCUAAUGACCAGUAUUGGAACCCAAGUUUCGGUUAUGAACUUUUUUAUAUGUAAUGCUCAUUAAAUUUUGA